UUUCAAACCGUUGCUCCCUCCAACCCUCAAUGUCAACCUAUCUUCCUGAGGAAUUGGUGCUGAAUAUACUGAGCAGGCUGCCCCCAAAAUCCCUAUUCCGAUUCAGGUGCGUUUCCAAAUUUUGGCAUACUCUCAUCGGAAAUCCUGAUUUCUUUACCUCAAAUUCUCUCAACCGAUCUAUUCUCGGAGACCCCGAUCGUUCUGCUCCUCUCCUUCUCGUCACAGAUGAACACUCAAUAGACUUUCCAUAUAAGCGUAUUUUUUAUUUCCUCUCUGGCGAGACCCUGGAUUGCCAGUCUCAAAUUAUUCUCAAGUUCAAUUCUCUGUAUGAAGAGUUUAAGAUUGUGGCUUCCUGUAAUGGUUUACUGUGUCUCCACCAACACGUCCAUGACAAAAUCUAUCUUUGGAACCCCGCAACUUCAAAAGCUUUAAAGGCUCUCCCGCCCCUCCGACGCGCGGGCUUGAAAAUCGAGUUUGGUGUCUUUCUGUUCACCGUCGGAUUCGGUUUCGACAGGAGAUCCAACGACUUCAAGGUGCUGAGGAUUUGUUACAUUUUUGAUAACGGCGAUUGCGAACAACAAGUGGAAGUGUACCGCCUGAGCACUAGGAGAUGGAGACGGCUUGACCUGCCCGACCCGUUUGCUGAAUUUUACCUAUGCGAGCUGGAAUCCGCACGUCCAAAUUUUCUUACCACUGUGUCAGAUGGCGUUUUUUUCUGGUGGGUGAUGCCCGCUAUACAUAAAGAGGAAAUUGUUGCUUUUGACUUUGGCGACGAGUUGUUCCGAACGACGCCGCUUCCGGAUGGUGUACAUUUUUCAGAUUUCACUUCCGUUAAUUUUACGGUGUUAAAUGGGUGCGUUGCUAUAGUGGGUUUCCCUCAUCAAAGAAAGCGUUUGCGCCGGGAAACACGCACUACUCAAUGUUUGGUUAUAUGGGUUUUGUUUGAAUUUGGUGCGGAGGAGUCGUGGACUAAACUCAUCAAUCUUCCACUUUUGCUAGACUACCCGGAAAGGCCCUUAGGAUUUUUUAGAAACAGAGAGUUGUUUAUGCAGAAUGCGGAGGGACAGCUGGUCUUAUACGAUCUGUUAACCCAUUCAAAGAAGGAUGCUCCUCAAAUUUACGGGAAGAGCAAUAGGGGUAAAAGAUUGUUGCGAGUUUUUCCCCUACACGAAUUUGAUGAGUUGGGAAUGGAUGGAGCUCGACCGCCCUAAGAUGCGUUAGGAGUAUUAUUGGACGUUUGGAAAAUAUGAAGAAGGUGCUUGUUAGAGUAAUUCACAGCAAUGUUUUUAUUAAAUUAUUAAUAAGAUGCAUCUUAUCAAUGUAUUUUUAUUUAAUUAUUUCUCUUUCAAUUGAAGUAAACUAUUUUUGAAUACUAAAAUCGCUCAGCUAUAUAUGGCCGGUUACCUCCCCUCAUCAUACUAUUAUAGUUUAAUUGCUAGGAUGAGCCAGCCAACUUUUGAUUGUACUUCCUUUCUACUUCACUCCUUGUUAGCUUGCGAUCUUCUUCAUUUAAGAAAAACACAUUGGGGCUUUGAAUAAACUACUCAUGUAAUUUGUUAGCUUAUCA